AUGCCUCAAGUAAAAUGUGCCGUUCCAUCUCAAAUUACCAAAUAUUUUCUCCUAUUUGCUCAAACACUCGACUUUUCGUCAAAUUCUUGCAUAAAUAUUUCAAUUUUGAUUCUGAUUUUAUUUAUUCAAUUGUGUCAAACUGAUCAACGAGAUUCAACCAAUUACACUCGAUUCGGUGUCGAGGAAGACUAUUCAACAACUUUGAAUGCUGCAAAUCGAUUGUACAAAGAGCUUUUUCAAAAUCGCAAUUAUUACAAAGAUUUGGUACCAUUGAAUGCACGUUUAAAUGAAAAUUCAACGGUGAAACAACGAUUGCCGAUGACGGUGACGCUACAAAUUUUGUAUGUGAUCGAUCUGGAUGCAGCUCGACAAGUUUUAAGAGCUUACAUGGCAUUGGAUAUCACCUGGCAAGAUAUCCGUCUUGCUUGGGAUCCGGAAGAAUUUGAUGGAAUCCCUUCAAUGACUGUCCAAUGUGAUUCACUCUGGAUCCCUGAAGAUUUUAUGAUGAAUAUCAUUGCAAUUGACGAGAUUCAUCCCGAUCGCUUUAAACAAUGCAAAUUCUAUUCAAAUGGCACCGUGAAAUUUGAAGAAUCUUAUAAUGCGGAUAUACAAUGCAGCGUUAAUGUAGCGAAGUUUCCAUUUGACACCCAAGAAUGUAAUAUUCAAUUCGCGACUCCAUCCUAUGAAUGGUAUCAAGUGAAUGCAAGAGGGAAACUCUUCACAAAAUAUGGACCUGGACCUACAUCAGCGGUAGGAAACGGCGAAUUCCUCGUCAAAAAUGUGACAAUGCAAGAGUUCCCUCUCAAUGGAAAUGUCUCCAAUGACGACAUUGUAAUAUACUUUAUCACAAUCAAGCGAGAACCAAGCUUCUACAUUUAUGUGAUAACAAUGCCUUGCUUCCUUCUAACAUUUCUAUCAAUUGUGGGCUGUUUUUGGACAACAAAUGUGGAAGAAAGGCAAUUGGAAAAGUUGGCCAUUGCCCUGACAAGUAUGAUGUCGAUGACAACUUUUGUUGAUAUGGUUUCUCAACAAAUGCCGAAGACCAACCACUUCCCAUUAUUAGGCACUUUUGUCCUCAUCUGUGUUUUCAUCACUUCAGCUGCUUGUGUCGUUGUUGUUAGUAUGACAGAAGAAUAUCCGGUUCUCGGGAAAACGAAAACAUCG